AUGCUCUCUGCUACAAGGCUAGUUAGGACUCUACACCAAAGAUGUGGUCCCUUUACCAAACUAUACCGACCUUUUCAUUCACAUACAGAUCCUCGUGUGGAGAAGGCAGUUUAUGUGACAAACGAACGAGGAUCUAAUGUUAUUCACGACCCUCUUUUAUCCAAAGGCACCGCAUUCACGCUCGACGAACGAGAGCGUUUGGCCAUCAGAGGACUCCUACCUCCUCGUCAUCAAGAAAUGGAAAAACAAUUAUUGCGUGUUAAACGGAACUUGGAUGCUUGUCCUACACCUUUAUCAAAGUACAUUUAUUUAGCCGCCCUACAUGAUAGAAACGAGACACUCUACUAUAAGCUCUUGAUGAAGCAUAUGAAUGAGCUCGCCUCUAUCGUAUAUACGCCUACAGUGGGAGAGGCCAGCCAAGUCUCUCACGCCAUCUAUCGUAGACCCCGUGGUAUGUAUUUUUCAACGCAGGAUAGAGGCCAGAUGUCUGCAAUGGUCUAUAACUGGCCACAAGACGAAGUCGACGUCAUUGUUGUCACAGAUGGCUCUCGUAUUCUGGGCCUCGGUGACUUGGGAGCAAACGGCAUGCAGAUUCCUAUAGGAAAACUAAGUCUGUAUGUGGCUGCAGGUGGAAUUAGGCCAAGGGCUGUAUUACCCGUCGUUUUAGAUGUGGGCACAAACAAUAAAGAACUCCUGAAUGACCCCCUCUAUCUUGGAAUGCCUCAUCCAAGGCUAACGGGAAAUGAGUACUAUGAAUUUGUUGAUGAAUGGGUCACAGCAGUUAAAAGUCGUUGGCCAGAUGUCUUGAUCCAGUUUGAAGACUUCCAGAACCCUCAUGCUUACAAUCUGCUCAAUCGGUACCGAGAUAGUAUCACGUGCACUAAUGACGACAUACAAAGCACUUCCGCGGUUACCCUGGCAGGUAUUCUUGCUUCAUUAAAGGCCAGAGGUAAAACGCCUGAUGACCUUGCAGACGAAAGAAUUGUCUGUGUGGGUGCAGGCACGUCAGGGGUUGGUGUCUGUGAAGGUAUCGUUGACUGCAUGGUAGAUCAGGGUCACGUCAAGAGUCGCGAAGAGGCCUAUUCAAAGAUACAUAUGCUCGAUAGCUCAGGUCUCUUGGGUAACCCAAGUAUUAGUAGUGACAACCGCACAGCUCAAAAGCGUGAUCAAAGCGUCAGUGAGCAGCAACGACCUUACGUCAAACGCGAUCUGCCUGAUCAACUAUCCCUGGAGGAAGUUGUCCGUCAAGUCAAACCGACAGUUCUCUUAGGCUUUACUGGCGCCCGCGGUGUAUUCACUGAAAAGGCGAUUCGUGAAAUGGCAAAUCACUACGAGAAACCAGUCAUUUUCCCAUUAAGCAAUCCUGAUAGCCAUUCGGAAUGCACCGCCGAAGAAGCCUUCAAGUGGACUGAUGGACGAGCGAUCUUUGCUUCAGGAACCCAGUUUGAUGAGGUUCGUCUUCCAAACGGAAAAGUUGGCAAAACUAACCAGUGUAACAACUCAUAUACAUUUCCUGGAGUUGGUCUUGGUGUAGUCGUAUCAAAGGCAACUAAAGUAACAGACAGAAUGUUUCUUGAGGCUGGGCGUACCUUGGCGGAAAUGGCAAGCGAGAGUCAGCUGAAACAGGGUCAACUCUUUCCUCACGUUGAUCAUCUCAGAGAGGUUUCAUUCAGAAUCGGUACUCGAGUUUGUGAAGUUGCUUUUGAAGAUGGUGUUGCCAAUGCUGCCCUAAAAGAAGGAGAACUGCUUAGUGAACUGGUCAAGAACACGGCUUAUGAGCCUCAGUAUGUUCCUUUAGUAUAUCAUCCAAAGCUGUAA